AUGUCCUAUUUCCAAAAUUUAUUACGUAGAAUAAUCGACACUGAGAAGAAUUAUGGAUUCACUAGUUCAUAUUGUUUUUACACAAUCAGAUCAAUUGGGGUUGCAAAUCCUAAUUUUCAAUAAGUUUACACUCAAUUAAUAAUGCAUAUAAACAGGAAUAUGAAACUGAAUAUAUAAGGACUUUUAUAAUAAUAAAAUAGAAUUAAAAGUAAUUUUCUUGAAAAAAUUACACAUGUCCUAAAAUCAUUGACAAUAUGCGAAGUCUUGGCUUCCUAAUUGAAAUGCAGAAAUUGA